UUAGAUGCUUUAAUCUAUCGACACCUAUUCGAUUGCCAUUUUUCAGAUGCCGUGCCGGCUGCAGAGGAUAAAUGCAUUUGGCGGUUGCAAGUUCGAAUUCAAUGUAUAAUGGCUACGGAAUUGCCUAAUCCGUAAGAGAAUUUUGGUUCAAUGGCCCUCUCUGUUUUCCUUAUUGGGCCACAAAUUGGGGUUUUUCUUCUUCAUUUGUGAUCUGGCCUUUCUGGUUUUCUGCAUCUGAAAGUGAAGACUGAAGACCUUGUUGGAGAGGCCAUGGAGGGAGGAGAUAGCGACUGGGAAAGCGAGCGCAUGCUUCGUCUGUUUAUCUAUGCUUAUCUGAAAAAGACCGGGAACGAAGACGUUGCAGAAGCCUUUUGGAAAGAGGCUCUCUCCUCAAAUCUACCAACUCGUCCUCAAGAUGAUGUUCCUGGUGGGUUUCUGCAUGAAUUGGGGUUGAGAUUUUUCAAAACGUUUGAACAAGAGCUGCCUAAGAAUGCAGACAAUGAGGGUUCCUCCUCCUCGAUGACUCGACCAGGUAAUCCUUCUUCAUGGAGUAAGCAAGAGAUGUUUGAAAAACUGGCUGCAGAGCUGACUGUUGGUGGUGAUUCUGCAGAUGAUGCUCCUGGUGCUUUUCUGAAUGAAUUGUGGUCGAAAUUUUUCAAAAUGUUUCAAAUAGAGCUUCAAAAGACUCCAGAGAGCAAGGGUUCCUCCUCCUUGGUUCAAGAAAGGAUAAAUUUGACUCAACUAAGAAUGGUUGAAAAAAUGACUGCAGAGCUGACUGCUGGUGGUGACUCUGAAGCUUGUGCUCGUCGUGGAUUUCUGCAUGAAAUGUGGUUGAAAUUUUUUCAGAAGUUUGGAGCACAACAUGCAAAGAAUCCAGACAAGGGUUCCUCCUCUGUGGUUCACGAAAUGAUAAAGUUGAGUCAACCAGGUAAUCCUUCUCAGGACAGUAACAGUAAGCAAGUGAUGAAUGAAAAAUUGACUACAGAGCUCACUCCUGGUCAUCCUGUUCAACCAGAUCUGGAGACCCAAAGCAAGUGAGAUAUUUCCAUUUGUAGUGUGGGCUUGUUCUCCACUAGCAACCAGUCAAGAACAAAAAGAAUCUAUGGGCGUGAGGACUUUGUUGCUUUCAAUCCUUCAACUUUUUUGAAGAUUUGCAAUAUUUGAUCGCUUAUACUUUCAGCAUUAUUUGGAAUCCAAGUGGUUUAUUCUUCAUCAGGUAUGGUUUCCACAAGUAGCACAGGAAGACUAACAGAUUUUGAGUUCUUUUUUAGUUCCAUACUUGUUUAAAUAUGCAAUUCAAGUUGUAGCUAGUUUUGCACAUCUCAUUAUCCAAUAUUAUCUCAAACUCUUUUCCGCAAUUUGUCAUGCCAGUAAUUUGCCUUCUAGACAAUAUUUAAUCUGGUAAAGCCCAAUGGUGCAUGUUAGAGAAGUGCACAUCAUACGUAAUCGCUAAAGACCCUGCAAGAAGUAUUUCCUUUCCUAGUCUUGUCCAUCUCAAUUUUGCAAGUACCUUUGAGUUUAUUAGUAUCAUGCCUCGUUUUUCUUUUAGAGCUUUUACGGGAUGAUACUUGAUGGUUGUUCCUAUUUCCACUUUCCAUGCAUUUGCUGCUGGUAAAUAAGAUUAUGUUCCUUUGACGUUCUUAACUUCUUGUCCAUAAUAUUGAUUUCCUGAUUCUCUAUAAUUAUUCCGAAUUGUGUUUUGUGGAGCAUCAUUAUUCUUCUUCUUCACUUCUAUACUUUUCCAAGUUAAAAAGGAGUGGUAACUGGUUUUCGUUGGAUUUAAUUCUAGGAGUGAUUUUUUUUAUGGCUAUAAGCAGUCAUCAUUUUAUCAGUAUGAAAAAAUCAUUAUGGAAAGAAGGUUACUAUUUUUGAUACUUCUAUUUUGAUGUUGAUGAUAUGCACUUUGGUGAAAUUCCUUUUUUCAUGGCUUAUUUUUUCAAAUUUAUGUCAUUUGAGUAUAUCCCAAAAGGUAAAAGUGCUCCAAAAUUAAAAAGAAAAGGAGAUUGAUAAAAAUUAAGGAUCUUUAAGCUUAAUAAUGGUCAUAAGGAGGUUAUUGUCUGUUCUGAAGACAAGGAGAAUUUGCAGUCAUUUUCAGGUGCUGGGUGAUUCCACCCCCAACAUUUUAUAGUGUUGAAGGCAUUCGUCAUGAGAGCCACUUCCAAGCAAAGGAAGAGGGUUGUAUUAGGUAGCCGAUAACUAACACAAAAAUCGUGAGAUCUUUCGACAUGGAUUCUAGACAAAAAUUGGAAAGCUAGAAAUUUAUGUAGUUGAUCCCACCAAAUGGGAUUAAAGAUUGUGAUACUAAUUUCGGGUGUUGGGUAUUGAGAAAAAUAUUUGUUUGUUGAAUACGUCUUUUUUCUAUUAUUUUAUUUCUAAGAAAAUCAUCAACCGCCACACACACACAAAUGUUUAAUAGUAUGUGAAAUGAAUGGUGAUAGAAAUGGAAGUCAUAAAAUUCCUAAGCAUAUGGCAGUCUUAUGAAAGCAAUUUAUUUCCUAAUUGACAAAAUCAAAAAGAUGAGAGCGCAAUCCUUGAAAAGGUAAUGAGGGAAUCAAAAAUCUGAAAAUACUGAAGCCAUCAUUGAAUGUAUAUAGAAGUCAUGAUUCUAUACUUAGAUAUUCCAUAUUGAUCCUUCUCUCCAAAUAAGCCAACUGACUAACAAGAGAUUGUCAUUGAUGAAUUGUCAAACAUCAAAUCUGAAAUAAAUUAUAGCAUGCAUGACCAGAGGCGGAGGGAUAUGAAGAGAAGGGUUGUCUAGAAAAAAUUUAGGAAGUCUAAUAUAUUGAUAUCCAGCAGUCCUAAUGAAUAAAUUUCAUCUUUGAGGAUCUAUGUAACGCUUAACAAACAGCAGCAAGAGACAUUACAACAGUGAUCCUAAUCAGCACGUGUUUGAGGAACUUAAAUUACAAUCAGCAUAAGUACAUCAACUUAAAUCCAUAGCCUAAAUCAGUUGAUACAUGAAGGAGAACAAAAAAGAGUAAUAUUCCUGCUUGAUUAACUUACUUUUGCCAAUUGGCGUGUUGAGACCCUUCUGAAUGCCGUGAAUUAUGCUUUGAAGAGUCACAUGACUAGCUUAACAAGUCAACCCAUCUUGAUAAAAAUACCCCUAAUAAGAACUUGCUGUACAUGGAUCUAAAUGAAGAUAUGACAAAAGACAGAAAUACAUGGAAGUCUAGAAUUCAUGUAGCCGACCCCAUAUAGUGGGAUAAAGGCUCGAUAUGUUGUUGUAUGUUGUUGUUUAAGAACUUGCUGUACAUGACAACUUUGAGGAUGCCUUGCAUAUGACAUUUAAUGGAAAAAAUUCUAAGCAACAGUAAUGGACCAUAGCCUAAUGGAUCAAACCUAAUGUGUAAAGUGACACCCUAAACCACCCAAACUAGAUAAGAAUGAGAUCAAGUUGUUCAUUGAUCUUGUCCUGCAUAUAAGUUGAGAUGACUGGGGCAGCAAGGGAAAGCAUCAGAUUUUCUCAAGUUACGUUCUGCUGAGUAAUCACCCAGUUACGUAGAAGAUUAUGGGGAUUAUGAGAAGGAGAUUUAAAGGUUUAGUUUUAUUUUAAAAAAUUAUUGACCUCACAUUUAGAUAAAUAAUGAUAAAAAGGCAAGGGGUAUUGUGUGGUUGCUAACAAAUUUUAAUCGUGUACAUUGUAUUAUCAAGAUUACCAAUAAUUAAACAUUAUAUGAUAAAUCUUAAGAGAUAAAAUUGGUAUUGGGUUUUCAAAAAUGAAGAAAACCCGACUCUACAAUUUAUUCAAUAUUUGAAUAAAUUGUGUUCUCAGUUGGUUUAUUUCAUAUUAAAUAAAUAAAUUGAGAACAUGAUAAUUAAAUAAGUCGAAAUCACAGAUUAUUCGAUAUAUUGAAUAAAUGGUGUUCUUGGUUUAUUUAGUAUUUCUGUAAUUUAUUCAAUUUAGACUUACCAACAAAUAUUGAAUAAAUCGAUAACACAAUUAUUCAAUAUAUUGAAUAAACAUCAUUCUUGGUUUAUUUAGUAUCACCUAGUUUAUUCAAUUUAUUCACCACAAAUAUUAAGUAAACCAAGAACAUGGUUUAUUUAAUAUAUUGGAAAAACAGUGUUAUUGGUUUAUUCAAUUUAGAUUUAUCAACAAAUAUUGAAUAAACCAGCAAUACGAUUAUUCAAUAUAUUGAAUAAACAAGCAUUGAAUAAAUCGUGACAAAAUUGAAUAAACCAAGAAGACAAUUUAUUCAGUGUGAAAUAGACCAUGUUCUGAUUAACCUGUGAACACAGUUUAAACAUUAUUGAACGAAUUUUUACUGACUAAUUUCUUUUAGAUUGCUGUUGACAGGCAAGUUUGUUCAUUGGAUGGCAAAGUAAUCUGAGGAACCUCUCUUUUCUGCAUUCCAACAGCUCGAUCUAGUGCGAGUCUGGCUGGUUUAAUAUCAGUGUCUCAGUUAAUUAGAUGGAUGGAUCAAGAGUUGCACUAACAGUGUGCUCUCUUGUUGCCUACUCACUCUAGUACAUGUUUAUCAUAGUGAUUCACUGUCUAACCUUUCGCCUCCGAUCAACCAUUAGUUAUGACUAAGAACUUAUUUAGGUCCACAGUUCCAAAUAGCUUUUUAGAACUCUUAACGAUUAGUGAUAUUCUCAAGAUUUUAAGUGCAAAGUAGCUAGGUGCCCCAAGGAGAGUUGGAGCUCCCGGUGAGGAAGGCGAAGUUCCCAAUUCCUUUCAAAUUGUUGCAUUUCCUCUGUUUCAACUGCAGGUUCUAAUUCUGAGGAGAGAAGAUGCCAAUGGCAGUUAUAUCGUUCUAGAACUUGUCUCCGCUGCAAGUAAAGGUUUCUUCUCCUUGCUGUUUGAACGCGGUUAUUUUCAAUUUGCCGUUUGCCUGCCACUUCAAUUUUUAUCUACUGUUGUAUCUUAGUUAAUUUUAUUGUAUCAGUAGCGUGGCUACUGGAAAUGAAGUCUCAUAAACUGGAACUGUGGGGAAAAGCUCUUUACCUGUGUACUGGAAUACUAUUUAGUAGCUUAGUUUGCCAAAAAGAUACCAGAUAGAUGACAUGCAUUCUGGUAGGCUGCUCUAGAGCUCAGGACUGCCCCAUGGACCAUGGGUCGCGGCCCAAAAGUAAGAAAAUGGAAAAACAGAAACAAAAGCUUUAUUCAAAGGCAUAAAGUAGUAUUGAACAGUACAGAACAUCUGAAACACAAACAAUUCCACAGCAAACACGGAUUCCUUAGCAAGUCCACAUAAGAAGAAAGGACAAUAAAUAACCCAGAUGCUACUUCUAGUGUAACUGCCUCAUUCUCAUCUCAACUGUCACUUCUCCUUGGCUUGUCGGAGACGAAAUUGACCUGCAAAAUGAUUUUUAUAACAUUUAAGAAGAUUUUGAUAACUUUGGUUUACCAUGUUGCAGCCUAAUAAUGAGAGUUUCCUGGUUUACCAUGUCGUUAGCAGCCGGAAUCCAGUCAUUAGUUGCCGGGUUACCCUUGGAGGCGGCAUGGUGGCCGUUGUCAGUGUCAGGUUCAAGGCUGAAGCCCCUGGCA